GAAAGCGCCGGAAUUAUAGGGAAUUAUAAACUGUGUACAAAAUGGAAGCUGUGGAAAUUAAAACUGAGCUUGAAGAUGAUAGCGAAUGGAGCAGUCAGCCAGAGCCGCACAUGGAGCACAAACAAGACUCGGAAUCAGAGAAUACAGUGGAAAUCGAAUUCAAGUCGGAAAUUGACAUAGAGCCUACGAUUGUGGGUGAAUCUAUUAAACUUUAUGACAUUGAAAGGCUGCGCGAAUUCGGUGAUGUGCCCUUCGUAAUAAAGCGCAUGGAGCCUCAGGAAUUCUCCAUUAGCUAUCGCAAAGCCGUCACUAGCGUUGAGUCAAUUUUGGAGCGACUGCGUCGCAACCGAGUUCCAAAUGGAGUCGGCAUUGCAUUUCGCAUCGCAAGUCAUACACCUUCGUCAUGCAUUUUGAUUCUUGCCAUACUGAAUCACAAAUGUCAUUUCUAUUGCAACGACAAAAUGAUGCUGUCCAAGGCCUUGCACACGCAGAUGUGCCGGGCUGGCAUUGAUUACCUGAUUGUUAACGGACACAUGCCCGUUGGUGCUGUCUACUUUCAAAGUCUUGACAACUUUGUCGUGUUCAACGAGGAGUACAAACUCUUUAAAUUGAAGCAUACAUCCGGCGAUGCUGCGCCCCAGGCAAAGGCUUCACUGCCUUCCAAUAUGUGCUAUACGAUUACUACUACUGGAACCACUGGGGAGCCGAAAUUAAUUCAUGUACCUUAUGAGUGCAUUGCACCAAAUAUAUUGGGACUCAGUCAAAAACUAAAUAUAUCAAUGGCUGACAUAAUUUACCUUGGCACACCUUGCACAUUUGAUCCCUCGGUUGUGGAGCUCUUCUUGGCUAUGCAAAAUGGGGCUGCUGUCCUGCUCACUCAUUACUCGAUGCGCGAGUCUCCUAAGCGCGUUCUCAACGCCCUCUUUCCGACAAAUGUGACCACGCCCGGGAUAACCGUGCUGCAAAUGACGCCCUCGCUCUUUCGGCAGUUCGGUGCGAAUGCAAUACGGGAGAGGAUAUUAAACAGUUCCAGUACUCUCAGAGUGCUAUUACUUGGCGGCGAACCGUUCCCAUCCAGCGCAGAGCUGACCACCUGGAUGGACUCGCAGGUGCUACUCCAAAAACAAGUCUGUAACAUCUAUGGUAUUACGGAGGUGUCGUGUUGGAGCCUGAUGCACGUUCUACAGUCUCUGCACUCACGCGUACCUUUGGGCACGCCCAUCGACGAUCAGACUGUUCUGCGUGUCCAUCUUCAGUCGAAAAGAAACAUUCCGAAUGCAGUCUGUGGCGAGCUUUGGCUUGGCAGCGCCACACGUCGCUGCUACAUACCAGAAAUUGAUGAUCUAGAAAAUCAGAGGAAUAAGAAGGAUAAAGCUUCCUCUGUCUGCUAUCGUGCGACGGGGGAUAUCGUGCGACGGUUUGACGACGGGUCAAUAGUCUUUGAAGAACGCGCCAAUGAUAUAGUUAAACGAGCCGGAACACGGAUCAGCCUGGGGCUCAUCACGCGCAAGAUAGAGCAAUGCUUGCAUCACAGCGAGCUGACUACAUGUCUAUGGCUCGAUGAACUCCAGAAACUUAUCUGUUGUAUUCGAAGUCUUGAGCCUAAGACGAAGAUACAGCAGAGAGCGCAGACUUUUGAUAUACUGUCCAAGUUAAUGACUGCUGAACAACCGGACAGAUUCGUUUACUUGCAAUACUUUCCAUGCAAUGUACACGGCAAGUUGGACAAGAUGCUGCUGCUCAAAGAGUGUGCGCUGCUAGCGCAGCCCGCUCAAGACAUACUCAGAAGCUUUCUGCACGACAGGCUUGAGUGCGUAGACACUCAAAACGAACGAAGUCAGAAGAAACAGCGACUGGAGCCGGCAGGCUCGCAAUCCAAUCUCAGCGGAUAUGAUCUGAGCUUUCGUCAUGCUGGCGGCAGCUCGUUUCAUGCCAUCACUCUGUGUCGCGAAAUUGGUUUGCAGAUGUGCAUUGACGACGAGCAGCGACAUCUUUUUGAAAUGCUGCUAGACGAAAAUGUAUCGCUCCGCAGCAUUUUGCAGUUCCUAGAUGGGGCUAAGCUAGUGACCCACAAUACCAAACUGAAACCCAUCGAGCCACCGGCAAGCUCUGCUGUGAGCGCAACUGAGGGCAACAGCACAAUCAGUGGCGGCUUGGUCAUCACUCGCGUCGUUAAGCCGGCUCUGCAUUUUAAGUGCCACUGGAAGAAAAACUUCAGCAAGUGCGUCGAUUCACCGGUAGCACAGUAUGAGAGCCGAUACGUGUGCGUGGGCGCCCAUUCGAAGUUGCUGCGCACCCUCGAUGCAGUGACGGGAAAGGAAUACAGCACAAUUAAGCUACCUGAUCGCAUUGAGUGCAAGGUUACAUUCGUUAGCGAGCAGCUGGCCAUGGUUGGAUGCUAUGAUGGCUGUCUCUAUGGCUUCAAUCCGUUGACUGGCGAUCUCUUGUGGAACGUCGAUAUCGGGGGCAUGAUUAAAUCACAGCCCUUCCUAUCAUCGGAUGGAGAGCGCAUUGUAGUCUGCAGCUAUGCGGAAGACUACAAUGUCCUCUGCCUCUCAACCGAACAUCAACAGGUGCUCUGGUGCAUGCGCAUAGGAGAAAAGGCCAUUUUCGCCUCCCCACUCGAGUUGAGCAAGCAACAAGCUGUGAUAAUUUGUACGUUAGAUGGUGGAUAUGCGUGUGUCUCACUCCUGGAUGGCUCCGUCAAGUGGAUGCAGAAAUGCAAAGAGCCCUUUUUCGCUUCCCCCGUCCUGCUGGACUCGAGUGCCACGAUUUUUGUCUGCGCUGAGGUAGCUGGACGGGUGCACGGCUGUGAUGUAAAUAGCGGGAAAAUUUUGGCCACAUAUGCAGCUGAUGGCAACAUAUUCUCUUCGCUGGUAGUUAAGGCCCCGCCCACUCACAUGGGCCACACAUUCGUGGUGUUUGGCUGCAUCGAUCACCAUUUGUACUGCUUGCGCUGCAAGACGGACGCGUCCAAGCACGCCUCGUUUGAGCUUCAUUGGAAGGUCGAUGUGGGCAGCUCCAUAUACGCCACGCCCAUCAUACUAACAAUAGAGCCCAAUGAGAACAUAGUAUUCUGUUGCACCACAAAUGGACACAUUGUGCUGGCAAAUCUAGGCAAUGGUCAGAUACAAUGGAUGGAUAAGCUGGGCGGUGAAUUAUUUUCAACGCCGUGCUACAUUGAGAGCCUAAGACGAGUUUAUUUCGGGUGUCGGGAUAACUUUUUAUACUGCAUGGGUACUAAAAAUAACUAAUGCGUUUGUCUGUAAA